GAAUCGAUAAACAGAAAAAUAUUAACAACUAUUUUAUAAUUUAAAUUAAAACAAUGGGAAAUACCGAAAGCAAUGUUACUAGUGGCGUUAAAAAACAAGCGGGUGCUGCAAUGCAACCUAUUUAUAAGUUGGCUGAUUUGAAAGGAGGAGGAUUAUUAGUAGAACUGAUGAAGAGAGCCACGCAGAACAAACAAUUUGCUGAAAUUGAUCAUGCCAUCAAGACUAAGGUAGAACAUUUCUUAUACAACAAAGGGGCAGGAAGAUAUAUACCAAUAUCAGAACUGGUAUUGCUCAGAAACAAGGAACGCGCCAAACAUAAACUGUUACCUCCACUUAAAGCGAUGGAAAACCCAGAUGAUUACGAGAUCGACGACGAAGGACCGGAAGUAACCGAAGAGGAGUACCAGAAAAAUCCGCAUUUAUACAGACACGUUUGCUGGAAGUUAAAGGAAAGGGGUGCUGUGGGCGAGACCAUCCUGCAUCUGUGUUUGUUGAACGCCACUUCAUUACAUGCUGACAUUGCGAAAAGAUUGCUCAGAUUUUAUCCGAAACUUAUUAACGAUAUUUACAUAUCUGAUGAAUAUUACGGAGAGAAUGUGUUGCACAUUGCGAUAGUAAAUGAAGAUCCAUCCAUGGUUAAAUACUUGCUGGACGCAGAUGUGAACAUUCAAGAACGUUGCUUCGGUAACUUUAUGUGUCCGGAGGAUCAGAAAUCGUCCAGGACCGAUUCUUUGGAUCACGAAUGGGUCAAUGUUUGUCCCGAAACCAACUACGAUGGGUACGUUUAUUGGGGAGAGUAUCCGUUAACUUUUGCAGCUUGUUUGGGACAAGAGGAGUGCUUCAGGUUGAUUUUAUCCAGAGGUGCAGACCCAGAUGCCCAGGACACUAACGGAAACACUGUCCUGCACCUACUUGUAAUAUAUCAAAAGCUGGAAACGUUUGACACUGCUUAUGAAGUCGGUGCGAGUUUGUCCGUUAGGAAUGUUUUAAAUCUUACUCCCUUGACACUAGCAGCAAAACUCGCAAGGAUCGACAUGUUCUUUCAUAUUUUGAAUUUAGAAAGAGAAAUCUACUGGCAAAUUGGCAGUAUCACUUGUGCAGCCUACCCCUUAUCACAAAUCGAUACUAUCGACCUAGAAACGGGCCACAUCAGCAAAACUUCCGCUUUGAAUCUCGUCGUAUUUGGAGAUAAGGACGAGCAUUUGGAACUAAUGGAUGGAGUGUUGAUAGAUUUAUUGAAUGCGAAAUGGAACACAUUCGUCAAAUUCAAGUUUUACAGACAGUUCUUCACAUUCGCCUUCUAUUUCUUAAUCUCUUUGAUCAGUUUUACAUUACGUCCCGGUCCCCCACCUUCCGUGCAAAAGGAAACAUCAAAAAACAAAACGAAUUUUGGAAACGCCUCAGACAACUAUAACUACUCUCUGGGGAUUAUUAUAAAUUUGGUGAACAGCAGCAGUAAGAUAGGGAAUGACGACGAUUAUGAUGUGGAGGAAUGGUGGGAUAAUUUGCAGGAGGAAUGCCGAUUAAUGCAGCUAGAUGGGACCGAAUCAAAAAUUCGAUUUACUGCUGAAAUUGUAAUGACUGUAGGUGCUUUUGUGUACUUGGCAGCCGCCGUUAGAGAAGCAAGAUUUUUGGGAGGACGCAUGUUUUUUGAAAAUCUGAUGACCGCACCUUCACGUGUGAUGUUUCUGUUCUCAUGCAUUUUAAUGCAGAUUAUUCCCUGGUUAAGAAUUGCAUGUCAGGAUGAAAUUGAAGACACUGUUGCUGUGGUCGUUAUGCUCACGACUGCACCGUAUUUCUUGUUCUUUUGUAGAGGUUUUAAAACUGUUGGUCCGUUCGUGGUUAUGAUCUACAGGAUGGUUAUGGGAGAUUUAUUGAGAUUCGCUUCGAUUUAUUUGGUGUUUGUCAUGGGAUUUUCUCAAGCAUAUUACAUAAUAUUUUUAUCGUUUGACAAUCCGUUAACACCAGAAGAUGUAGACGAUUCAGCCACAAAUCCGAUUUCAACACCGAUAGAAUCCAUAAUGGCCAUGUUUUUAAUGUCCAUGACCAAUUUUGGCGAUUACUACGAUGCUUUUGCAAGAACUGAACAUGAAUACGAAGCAAAAAUUUUGUUUGUGGUAUUUAUGGCAAUUGUCGCAAUACUUUUGAUAAACAUGUUGAUCGCCAUGAUGGGUAAUACCUAUCAGAAAAUUGCGGAAACCAGAAACGAAUGGCAAAGACAAUGGGCCAGAAUUGUAUUGGUGGUUGAAAGAGGUGUAAGUCCACCGGAAAGAUUGAAGCAAAUGAUGGUUUAUUCUCAACCUAUGUCUGAUGGAAAACGUGCUUUAGUUCUUCGCUUGAAUCAAUCGGACGAAGACAAGGAGGAGAUGAAGGAGAUUUUAGAGAUGAAAAGAAGACAUGAAAGGUAUAUAAAGAAAAGACAUGAACAACAACUGGAACAAAAAAGUAAUUUGAAGUGAAAAUAAUCCAUAUUCAUUUUUUAAAAUAGAAUGAAUAUAUUUAUUAGAGGAAAUGUAAAAUAUUUCAAAUAUACAAAUAGUAAAAGUAUAAAAAUUA